CCGAAGUCGCCCGCCCCACUCACGCGAUGGGCUCCGAGGCGGCCCAGCUGUUGGAGGCUGCUGACUUCGCGGCUCGCAAGCACCAAUGGCAGCGGCGGAAGGACCCCGAAGGGACCCCCUACAUCAAUCACCCUAUCGGUGUGGCUCGUAUCCUGACCCACGAGGCAGGAAUCUCUGACAUUGUGGUGUUACAGGCAGCCCUGCUCCAUGACACGGUGGAGGACACAGACACCACCCUGGAUGAGGUGGAGCUGCACUUUGGGGCACAAGUGCGGCGUCUGGUGGAGGAGGUAACAGAUGACAAGACUCUGCCCAAGCUGGAGAGAAAGCGGCUGCAGGUGGAGCAGGCACCCCACAGCAGCCCCGGGGCUAAACUGGUGAAGCUGGCAGACAAGCUGUACAAUCUGAGGGACCUGAAUCGCUGCAUCCCAGAGGGAUGGUCCGAACAGCGAGUCCAGGAAUACUUCGAGUGGGCAGCACAGGUGGUGAAGGGGCUUCAGGGGACAAACCAACAGCUGGAAGACGCUCUAAAGCAGCUGUUUAAGGAGCGGGGGCUGACACUCUGAGCAGUACUUGGAGCCAUCCAGUGGCACAGACUCCAUCCUUGCCCAGGCCAGAGAAGAUUCAUACUUCAGCCUUUCGGUGCCUCCCGAGCUUCCUCCUGGUUCACUCAGCCCAGAUAUUAGAGACCAAAUACACGUGUCCUUUCUCACUCUGAAGAUCUGCCAACUAAGCUGAGCCCCAGAUUGUGGGAUGAUGCGCGCCAUCCAUUUCUAAUGCAUUCACUGCCCUUCUUCAGGCCUUGGGUCUGAUUGCAUGGUGGGAUCUCUGGCCCCUCAGGGACUUGGGCUUAUAUAUAAACGCUAGUUCAAAAGUCAUUAUGCAAAAUAAAACAUUUGGAUAAAG